AUGGGCGACACCACCAAGUCCUCUCAUGAGACGUUCGUGGGCUCCAUCGACCAGGGCACGACGAGCACCCGGUUUCUGAUUUUCAGUCGCAAUGGCGAGGUGAUUGCCUCGCACCAGAUGGAAUUCAAGCAAAUCUAUCCGCAUCCCGGCUGGCAUGAGCACGAUCCACUCGAAAUCAUUUCGUCGGUGGAGCAGUGCAUCGAUGGUGCCGUCAAGGACCUGGAGACCCAGGGCCACGCAAGUGCGAAUAUCAAAGCCGUGGGGAUCACAAACCAACGUGAGACAACUGUCGUCUGGAACCACGAGACUGGCGAGCCAUUGUACAAUGCCAUAGUGUGGACCGACACUCGUACACAGGCCCUCAUCCGUAAACUCAAGCAUCGAUUGGGAUCAGACCAACUUCAAGAGCUCUGCGGUCUUCCAUUGUCGACGUAUCCUUCUGUUGGGAAGUUACUGUGGCUUCUCGACAACGAGCCCAAGGUGAAAGAGGCCUACGACAAAGGCAUCCUGGCCUUCGGCACCAUUGACGCGUGGCUGGUCUACAAGCUUAACGGGGGGCCCAAGAAGAAUGUGUUUGUAUCUGACCCGACCAAUGCCUCGCGAACCAUGUUCAUGAACCUGAAAACGUUGGAUUACGACGAGUCACUCAUUGAUUUCUUCCGGCUGGACCAGAGCAAGAUUCACUUCCCCAAGAUUACACGGUCGUCAGAUCCCGAGGCGUACGGGCGUCUAGAGUUGAGUGUGCUGAAAGGCACCCCCAUUACUGGCUGUCUGGGCGAUCAAUCAGCCGCCCUGGUCGGCCAGAAGGGAUUUACUCCCGGAUUGGCCAAAAAUACCUAUGGCACGGGUUGCUUCCUCCUGUACAACGUCGGUGAAAAGCCGGUCUUCUCCACCCACGGGCUUCUCGGCACGGUUGCCUAUGACUUUGGCGAGGGAAAGCGGAUGUACGCGCUCGAGGGCAGUAUCGCCGUGGCGGGAUCCAGCGUCAAGUUCUUGGUGGACAAUUUUGGAUUUGUGGAGUCCUCCAGCAAGAUCAGUCAAUUGGCUGCCACGGUGGACGACAACGGUGGUUGCGUGUUCGUCACCGCAUUCAGUGGAUUGUUUGCUCCAUACUGGAUUGAUGAUGCGAGAGGAACCAUCUACGGUAUAACUGCCUACACUCAACGCGGACACAUUGCGCGGGCCACGCUCGAGGCAACAUGCUUCCAAACGAAAGCAAUCCUCGAUGCUAUGGAGAAAGAUUCGGGCGCCAAGCUUGCUGAGCUGGCCGUCGAUGGCGGUAUGAGCAACUCAGAUUUGACCAUGCAGACACAAGCAGACCUGAUUCAGAUCCCUGUGCGGCGGCCACAAAUGCGGGAGACCACCGCUCUGGGAGCCGCUAUUGCUGCCGGUCUGGCCGUCGGAGUGUGGGACAACAUUGAGGAGUUGAAAGACAUCAAUGUCGAGGGUAGCACUGUGUUCAAACCACAGAUGCACGAGGCCAAGAGUAAGGAGAUGUUUGAGAGAUGGGAAAAAGCAGUUCAGAUGUCAAAAGGUUGGUCGUCUUAA